AUGGCCCGACGUUUUGCGGUCACCCUUCUCGCAGCCUCUGUGCUGGCUCUUCCUGCUGCGGAGAUACUCGAGCGCCAGGCCGAUUGCAGCAAGGCAAAGACUCAAGUCCCAGCCGUCAACGACGCAAAGCUGCCCGACCCCUUCACCUUCGCCGAUGGCUCCAAGGUCACUACCAAGCUUGACUGGGCCUGCCGCGCAACCGAGAUUCAGAACGCCAUGGAACAGUACGAACUCGGAGACUACCCAGCUCCCCCGAGCAAAGUUGAGGCUUCUCUUUCUGGCACCAACAUCAACGUGAAGAUUACCGUCGGAAGCGCGAGCGUUAGCAUCAGCGCUGCCAUCCGGAAGCCCUCUGGAAACGGCCCGUUCCCCGCCAUCAUCGGCAUCGGGGGCGCCAGCAUUCCCAUACCUGCCAACGUUGCCCAGAUUACCUUCAACAACGACCAGUUCGCUGCUCAGAACGGGGGUGGUAGCCGCGGACAGGGUCAGUUCUACACCUUGUUCGGCAGCUCUCACAGCGCUGGUGCGCUGACCGCCUGGGCUUGGGGUGUUGGCCGAAUUAUUGACGGUCUCGAGCAGCUUGGGGUUUCUCAGACCGGCAUUGAUACAAAAAGACUCGGUGUUACUGGAUGCUCCCGCAAUGGCAAGGGCGCGUUCGUCGUAGGCGCUCUGGAGAAACGUAUUGCCCUGACGAUUCCCCAGGAGUCUGGCUCAGGCGGCGCGGCGUGCUGGCGCAUCUCGGAUAGCGAGAAGAGCAAAGGCAAAAACAUCCAGACUGCGGGACAAAUCAUCACGGAAAACGUCUGGUUCUCUCCUUUGUUCAACUCCUGGGCCACCAAAACCUCUCAGAUUCCCGAGGACCAUCACAUGCUGGCAGGCCUGGUGGCGCCGCGAGGUCUUUAUGUGGCGGAGAACGACAUCGACUGGCUGGGUCCUGUUUCCACGACCGGUUGCAUGAAAGCCGGAAGACUCAUCUACCAGGCCCUCGGCGUUCCGGAGAACAUGGGAUUCUCUCUUGUUGGCGGACACAACCAUUGCCAGUUCCCUAGCGGCCAGAACUCGGAGCUGACGCAGUACAUCAACUAUUUCCUUCUCAACUCGGGGACGAAGCCGUCAAUUCUUGAGCGCAGCACCGUCAACGUCAAUGUCAAGGACUAUGCCAGCUGGACGGCGCCCACUCUUUCUUAG